UCUUACUGGCUGCCUCCCGUGGCCACGCCCCUUCCGGCUAUUUGUGCCUGCAUCUUCCUAAUGUAGUGCAUAUUGCUGCAGCUCUCUCAGGAGAAUCUGGAAUUGGUGGGAAAUCUUGCCAAAAUGAUGGGAGGGCAAGACUCUGUGCAACCCAACCUGGGAAAAGGCCCUCCUCUCAUUCAGGAUAAAUUUAAUGGGGUCUUUUGUGAAAGAACCAUGCAGAAAAGCAUGGGGGUGGAAAUGCUCCGUGUGGACAGACAGCAUCAGAGCUUCAGGCAGUUCUGCUACAAGGAGGUGGAGAGGCCCCGAGAACUUUGCAGUCAGCUCCAUGUUCUCUGCCGCCAGUGGCUCCAGCCAGAAAGACACACCAAGGCGGAGAUGCUGGACCUGGUGGUGCUGGAGCAGUUCGUGUCCGUUCUUCCUGCGGAGAUGGCGUGCUGGGUGAGGGAGUGCGGGGCGGAGAGCAGCGCCCAGGCCGUGGCCCUGGCAGAAGGAUUCCUCCUCAGCCAAGCAGAGGAACGCAGACAGAGCAAGGAGCAGCAGGACUUGUUUGUGGAACCAGUGACUGAGGCAGUGAAUUGUCUGUCUGAGAUCAAGUCUGAGAUCAUGCUGGAUAGUGACAGCUUCUCCACCACAUUGGGAGAAGGAACGAGCCCAUCUCUUGAUUUUGAUGCUCUUGGUGAAGCUUCAGUGGGGCUGGAUCAGGUGACCUUUGAGGAAGUGGCUGUGGAUUUCACGGAGGAGGAGUGGGCUCUGCUGGACGCAGACCAAAAGGCCCUUCAGAUGGAAGUCAUGGAAGAGAAUUUCAGGCUCUUAUUCUCUCUGGGUGGUGGUGGGCAGUUGGAGGAGAAUGACGGGGAGCCAAGUCGGCAGUUGUUCGAAAGCAUAAAAUGUAAACAGAUGGAAAGGAAAGAACGAAAUCCGGAUGUUCAUUGGAAGGGGAGCAAUUCCCAAACUGGAGAGGUCUCUGCAGUCUCAGUCUCAGAAAUAAUUCAAAGAGUCAUGGAAAGAAACGGAUGCCUGCUGUGUGGAAGAAGUUUCAGUUGUAAACAAAACCUUGAUUCUCACAUGAGGAUCCACACGGGAGAGAAGCCCUUUCAGUGCUCGGAGUGUGGAAAGAGGUUCAGUCGGAAGUCAAUCCUCAUGAGUCAUGGAAGAGUUCACACGAGGGAGAAACCUUUCGAAUGCUUGCAGUGUGGAAAGAGCUACAGUCGGAGGACGUACCUGGCGUGCCAUGAAAGAAUCCACACAGGAGAGAAACCAUUUCAGUGCUUGGAGUGUGGAAAGAACUUCAGGCACAAAGCGAACCUUACGUGCCACGAAAGAAGCCACACUGGAGAGAAACCAUUCAAAUGCUUGCAAUGCGGAAAGAGUUACAGCCGGAGGACGUACCUUACGUGUCAUGAAAGAAGCCACACCGGAGAGAAGCCAUUUAAAUGCUUGGAGUGUGGAAAGAGCUACAGUCGGAAGACGCAACUUACAUAUCACGAAAGAAUCCAUACAGGAGAGAAACCGUUUGCAUGCAUGCAUUGUGGGAAGGCUUUCAGUCAAAAGGCAUUCCUCAUUUCCCACCAAACGGUCCACACGGUGGAGAAACCAUUCCAGUGCUUGGAAUGCGGAAGAAGCUUCAGUCAGAAGACAACACUCCUUCGUCAUCAAAGAGUCCACACAGGAGAGAAACCCUUUCAGUGCUUGGAGUGUGGGAGAAGCUUCAGGCAGAAGGCCAAUCUCACUUGCCAUCAAAGAGUCCACACUGGGGAAAGGCCCUUUCAGUGUUUGGAGUGUGGAAGGCGCUUCAGUUUGAAGCUGAGCCUCACUUACCAUCAAAGAGUCCACACAGGAGAGAAACCAUACAAGUGCUUGAAGUGCGGGAAGAGUUUCCGCCACAAGGUGUCCCUCGUUUCUCAUCAUACGUGUCACACAGUGAAAGAAACGAUCAAAUAAUUGGAUUGUGGAAAGAGCUUCAGAUAGAAGACAGGCCUCGAUCGAUCAUUCCAAAAUGUUCAUGCAGGAGAAAAGCCAUUUCAUU